CAGUGAAAAAAACCCAAAAGCGGACACAACCUUUUACCCCCAACAAGCCGCCCGUUCCAGUUGCACUGCCCUCAGAAGCAAUAGUCUGACAUAUGCCCAUUUGUCCACCCCAGAGAAAUCUCCCAUCUCCCCACCAUCAAACCCAAAAGAAAUAAAGCAACCAACCCAUUAAAUAAAAAGUGAACCUGUCCUUUUUUUCUUACCAAACCUUUCUCUUUCAACUUUUUCUCUCUUCUCUUUUCGUUUCCACAUGUACAGACCUCUUACUUAAAUAUUCCCAUUAACCUCUGCGUCACGUUCAAGCCUUUUAGAUUUUUUCCAACUCUACUUCAAAACCACUGCCUCUGCUCUUUUUUCUCUGCUUUUUCAUCAAAAAACAGAUAUGGAGGGCGGUGAUCAGGAGGAGGAGCAGCGGUACACCGGCGUACCACCGGAUAAAGCGGCAAAUUUUAAGGAUGUUAUUCGUGAAUUCAUGAGGGGAUUACUUGAGAUGAGCGUGCAAUUCGGGAGAGGGUGUAGGGAUGUGGUGCAGCAGAGCUUAGUUACAGAGGAUUCGUUUUUAGUAAGGAAUUUUGGCAAAGAUUCUUACAUUGGUCGAAAACUUAAGGUUCCUUACGACAACGUUUUGAGGAGAUUGAAGGUGUUUAAUGAGUACUUGGUUCCUGAAGAUAAGCAUCCGUGGCAUGCUUGGUCUGUGAUCUUGUUCGUCUUUGUUCUUGCUAUUGCAGUCCUGAGUGUAAGUGUGGAACAUGAUACUGCCAUCCCAGCGGCAAAGAAAGUGUACAUACAUCCUCCUAGUGCUGAUCGCAUAAUGCUACCAGAUGGUAGAUAUAUGGCAUAUAGAGAGCAAGGCCUUCCAGCUGACAGAGCUAGAUUUACAAUGAUCAUUCCACAUUCGUUUCUUUCUUCCCGACUUGCAGGGAUUCCUGGACUUAAGGCUUCACUACUAGAAGAGUUUGGUGUGCGCUUGUUAACUUAUGAUCUUCCAGGUUUUGGUGAGAGUGAUCCUCACCCCAAGCGAAACCUGGAGUCAUCAGCAUCAGAUAUGCUGUUCUUAGCAAAUUCUCUUGGUGUCAGUGACAAGUUUUGGGUAGUUGGAUACUCAAGCGGUAGCCUGCAUGCUUGGGCUGCUCUCAAAUAUAUUCCUGAUAGACUUGCUGGUGCAGCUAUGUUUGCUCCAAUGGUUAGUCCCUAUGAUUUAUUGAUGAAUAGGGGAGAAAAAUAUGGAACAUGGGAAAAGUGGACACGUAAAAGGAAAUUUAUGUACUUGUUGGCUCGAAGAUUUCCUAAAUCUCUAUCUUACUUCUACCAAAGAAGCUUCCUCUCUGGAAAGCAUGGUCAGAUUGAUCAAUGGCUAGCAUUGACACUAGAAAGGAGGGAUAGGGCUUUGAUUGAAGACCCUGUCUAUGAAGAAUUUUGGCAAAGGGAUGUUGAAGAAUCAAUCCGACAAGGAAAUGCAAAACCUUUUGUGGAGGAAGCUGUAUUGCAAGUCUCAAAUUGGGGAUUCAGCCUUGCAGACCUCAAAUUGCAGAAGAAACAACAAGGAAAAGGCAUCCUUAAUUUGAUUAAGUUGUUACUUGGUAGCUCUGAGGUAGAAUAUACUGGUUUUCUUGGUCCAAUACACAUAUGGCAGGGGAUGGAUGAUAAAGUGGUCCCACCUUCGAUGACUGAUUUUGUGCAUAGGAUUCUACCUGGGGCUGCAGUGCAUAAACUCCCAUAUGAGGGCCAUUUCACAUAUUUCUCCUUUUGUGAUGAAUGCCAUAGACAGAUAUUCACCACGCUUUUUGGAACCCCACAGGGCCCUCUCAACAAUACCAUAGAAGUAGAGCAAACUCCAUUUGAUGAUAUACAAGUGCAGGAAGAGGUAACUCAGGGUGAUUUAAAGACAGAUUAAGGUAUUAAAUUUUUCUAUAAUAGGUUUGACAUAUAAGGUGUACAUAUCAUAGGUUCAUUCUAUUACUUGUGAGUAAUGAAAGUUAAAAGAAUAAAAUUUCUUAGAUUUAUUUUGUCAGUGGGAUUGUGAACUUUUAAAGAUGUUGGCUACACGGGAAAUAAUCAAGAAAAGUUAAUUUGUUCUUAUUCCCAGUUACUUGCUCUCAGUUUAAUCUGGAAACUGUAGUUUAUUCUUGUGA